CUCUUUUCAUCAACACUUGUUCCACUGCCCUCACAAUGCCACCCAAGCACUCCCAAGAAGCUGCCCAUGACCUUAGGCCGAGAAAGAGGGUUGAUUCAAAAUCGCUGUAUGCCAGACUAAAGCCUUUCGUAGAAUUCUUCAAAGACCCCCCUAACGUGGACGGCUUGACAAACUCUGUUCGUCCUCCUUGUAAUGCCGCCAGUGCCUCGUUAGGCCCAGAAGCCUCAAGAGGUGGUGGCGAGGAGGCUCCGUACCAUUUAUUGCAGCUCGAGUUCAGUGGGUCUGACAGUUUAUGUGAGGCAAACCGGCCAAGGGUUUUUCUAGAGACAUUGUACCUCAGUGAUCGCAUUAGGCAGAGGAUGCGGAACAACUUCGACAAAGUGAACCUGAUGAAAGGAGGCAACACUUUCAAGGAUAUAGCAUCCGAACUCGACCAAACAGAGCCAGAACUUCAGGGAGUUACGGGAGUUGCGCUGGCUGACCUCUGGCAACCAACUAAGUUCUCGGAUGUGGCUAAUGAAAUUGUCGCUCUCGUGGACGACAUCCAGGAAGCAAAGGGCAGGAAGACAGCAGCGAAGGAGGGCAAGCAAGUGGAGGAAGUUUCUAGAGCGGCAAGGGCUACUCGAGCUUUAUUCGCAACAACAUCCCGCUCUUUUCUGCCAUCACAGCCGUCAGCGUUAUCAGCACCAUCAGCCUCUACAUCCUCAGCGCCGUCCUCCAUGCACUUGGCGCCAUCUUCCUCGUCGUCUUCACCGCCAUCCUCUUCCAUGGGUCCUACUACACUGGCAACGGCAUCGUUACUAUCUUCGGACUCGUUUGAACCCAUCACCUCAACCGCUACCUCACCAUUGGCCUCUACAGAUAUACUUGUGGCUCCUCUGGCCACCACUAGGUCGUCGACCACAUUACAUUCAAAUCGCGGGUCAAAUGCUGUCUCGAAUGUAACCCGCUUUUUAUCGCUCAGCUCAGCAACAGAGUGA